AUGGCGAAACUUACGUCGUCCAACGCUUUUCACCUUCUCUUGUUGAGCUCAUUGAUGUCGUUCGUCGCUGCGACGACUUCAAUAGAUGACGGUGCGAGUGCCAAGAUCACAACAUUACCCGGACAACCUAAGGACGCAUCUGUUGCUCAAUAUUCGGGUUACGUGAGGAUAAACGAGAAAAAGAAGAUGUUCUAUUGGCUCGUGGAAGCAGCAUCAGAUGCAGACUCCAAACCUCUUCUCCUGUGGCUCAAUGGAGGACCUGGUUGCUCGUCAAUCGGGUACGGAGCUUUUCAGGAGAUCGGACCCUUUCAGGUCCUGCCCAACGGGGAACUUGCUAAGAGACAAAUCUCAUGGGACACCGAGGCAAAUUUGCUCUUCCUUGAUUCCCCUUUCGGUGUCGGAUAUUCUGUUCGCAGCGUUGUUGAGGAAGAUGGGGAUAAUAGCACUGCCAUGGACAAUUUUGCGUUUCUAAACAAAUGGCUUGAAGUCUUCCCGAAAUUCAAGUACAGAGACUUCUAUAUUGCUGGAGAGAGCUAUGCAGGGCAUUUUAUUCCUCAACUCGCUCAGGUGAUUGUAAAUCAAAACAAGGGGAUUGCCCGACCGGUUAUCAAUCUGAAGGGACUCUUGUUAGGAAAUCCUACUCUUGACAGAUCAACAGGAGAUCCUGGAAGGUGGGAGUUCUAUUGGGUUCAUGGGCUUAUUUCAGACGCUACGUACGAAAACAUGAGGAAGUUUUGCUCUGUCGAUAGAGCUUCGGAAGGCUGCAAAAAUGCUUGGCAAGAAGCAUAUAAUAAUGAAAUUGGAGUUGUAAAUAUCUAUAACAUGUAUGCGAGACCAUGCGAGAAAAACACCACACAGGCGAGACAGCUCCCUAAUUUGAUUUUGGAGGCACAAAAAGAAAUCUCAAGAAGUAGCUUUAUCUAUUGUUUUCUCUGGAUGCAGGAUCUUAUGUAUAGAGACGGGAAUGAAUUCUGCCUGGAGGCUGACACGGUGAAGUACUUGAAAAGCAAAGAGGUGCAAGAGUCCUUCCACGUUGACCCCUCCUACAUUCCUUUUAACUACACCCUCUGCAGUGAACCAGGCGUCAACCUCAGGUAUAGCAGAAGCGACGGAGAAAUAUCGGUCCUUCCCAUCCUUAAAGAACUCAUAGAGGCCCGCUUGCGGAUUUGGAUAUACAGUGGGACAACAGAUGUAGCUGUUCCUUUGCCAAUGACUCGACGUAACAUUGCAGCACUAAAAUUGAAAGUACAGGAGAAAUGGUACCCCUGGAACCAUCGCGAUCAGCUUGGAGGUUGGAUCGAGAUAUAUGAAGGCUUGACGUUCGUUGCCGUAAUGGGCGCCGGCCAUGAAGUGCCAAUGUAUCUCCCCUCUCAGGCACAUACUAUGUUCCAGAGCUUCCUGUCCAAUGCGCCAAUGUCCAAGCCACCUCCUAAACAGACAAGCUCCACCUGAAGUCACUCGAGCUAUGAUCCCACAGAUUCUCAUGUCCAUUGCUAAAUGACAUGGCUCUGGUCAAUCUUUUUUAGUUGAUGAAACCAUUGAAGGGCUUGCAGAAUACUAGGAGCUUGGAAAUUUAUAAGAAAUAGUUGGUUGGAAGUGCUUCGUUUUUCUUCUUGUCAAUUCCAAGUUCUCAUGGAAAGCCAGUAAUGGUAUCAGUUGAAUGAAAUUGAUGUAAUUAAGGUGAA